GUGCACGAGCGGAGAGGCGCGCGGGGGACCGUGCUCCUUUCUCUCUGAGGCGGCAGCGGCGGCGGCAGAAGCAAGGAUGGAGGGGUCCAGGAGGAGGAUCCGAAAUCUGGAGCCAGCGAGGCCUCUACGCCGUUUGAACGUUAACCAAGAGCCACACAGAGAUGAUGUGACUGACCCUCUGGAGAAGACAGCUGAGAAACCAGAAAACACAAUCAGUGUGGAACAAAUCUAUGAAAUUCUCAGCCUGCACCGGCAGAGUCAAGCACCCGCCAAGACAGAAAGAAUAUCAUACAGCAGAGAUUUCCUGAUCAGGUUGGCAAGCUCACCAAUGGCGAAGAAGAAGCCAGACUUUCUGCCAGAGCACCCUGUUGUUCUGGAGAAGGCGAGGGACCAAGAUGUGCACAAGUUGUUUGUGAACAAUUUCAACAAUAAACUGGACAUGAUUGCCUGAGUGAGGAUUCCCCUCAGAGCUGACGGUUCAUCUGAAUGUUCCAUCAUUAGUACAAAAUACGAAACAGACGAUGGAAACGAUGAGACUUCCUCCUUCAGACUGCUAUUAUGACAGAAUCUUGUUAGAGUAGCGUGUGUCGUGUAUUUGUAUAUAUUUGUGGGAAUGUUUUAAUCUCAGUGUGCUGACAGGGCUUUUGGAUAAGCAGUGUUGUGGAUGCCCUCUUAAGACCGGCAGUCGAUAAGAAGACGAAGUCAGACUCUUUGGCUCAGAAGAUGUAGAAGUAAUAGUUCGGUUUUUUGUCCUCACUUGACAUUUCGCCUUUUGACCACAUCCUGCAGCUUCCUGUGUAUUCCUUACGGUUUUCACUAACUGUCUUAUAAGCUACUAACCUGCACGAGGGUGUUUUAUUUUUUGUUUUGUUUUUAUUUCUUGUGUUGGAGUGGAAUAGUGAGAGUUUUGAGUUGAGGAUUUAACGUACCUGAACGUUGUGCUCUUUGUACUAGAAAAGGAUACACUAUGCAUUGCUUAUCAUCAGCUGAUAUUUCUGUUGAGGUUAAAGAAUUAGUUCACUGAAAAAUCAAAUUUUACCCCAAAUGUAGUUGAUCAGCCAAGACAUGUUUGGUGUCUGAAGUUUGCUUUUUUUAAUUUUAGCAGUAGAGCUACGAGGCUAAUGUAGCUAGCAAAUAGUGGUCAUACAUGUCACCCAUGUAGAGCCAGUGCUAAGACUGAAAAAGAAAACUUCAGACACAAAACGUGCUUAAGAAGGGGAAACUGGGGGAAUUUGAUUUCUAAGUUGGCUUGACAAAGCCACAUAAAUACCUACACAUGCGCACACGUGUAUUCACAACCCCCUGGGAUACCAGAGCAAUGACCAAGCAACACCUUAGCAACCACCUGAGAUACACUAGCAAGUGCCAAGCUACAGCUUAGCAACCACCUGAGAUACACUAGCAAGGGCCAAGCUACAGCUUAGCAACCACCUGGAAUGCAUUAGUAACGACCAAGCAACACCUUAGCAACCACCUGGGAUACACUAGCAAUGGGCUAGCAACAUGUUAACGACUACCUGGGAUAGCAACGGCCUACCAACACUUUAGCAACCACCUGGGAGACUAGCAGUGGCCUAGCAACAUGUUAUCAACUACCUGAGAUGUCCUAGUAGUGGCCUAGCAACACCUUAGCAACCAGCUGAGAUACCAUGGCAAUGGUCUAGCAACAUGUUAUCGACUACUUGUGAUACACUAGCAAUGGCCUAGCAACGCGUUAAUGACUACCUGAGAUAUCUUAGCAGUGGCUAAGCAACACCUUAACAACCAGCUAAGAUACCCUAGCAAUGGCCUAGUAACACGUUAUUGACUACCUGGGAUGCGCUAACAACGGCCUAGGAGCACACCAGUGACUACCUGGGAUACCCUAGCAAUGGGCUAGCAACACCUUAGCAACCACCUGGAAUGCAACAGCUUGGCAAUCAUUUGGAAUA